CCAGAAAGCUUCUCUUUGUUAUCAUCAUUAGCGCACUUAAACCUAUAUCGUUGCAUUAAUGUCAGAACCUUGCCCCAAAGCCUUAAGUGCCUUCCACGCCUUGAAGUUCUUAACAUUUUUCAAUGUGAUAUGCUGGAACUUUUGCCAAUGCUUCCACCUUCCUUGAAACGCCUUAGGGUCUGGGAUUGCAAGCUUCUGAAGACAGUGUUGAGUACAAUAAGCGAACCAACCAGGAAAGACGAGGCUACAUUUUUGUUCUUGAACUGCAAUAAUUUGGAUGAAGACUCGUAUGGUAUCAUUUUGAAAGAUGUUAUUGUAAGGACAGAACUUUUGAUAACACCAUCAUCAUCAUCAGGAACAGAAUUUGAAAACCAAGAAAAAGAAAGAGUCUUCGAUUGUUAUACAGAUUUUGGUGAGAUUUGUUAUUUGUUGCCAGUUAGAGGCAGUAAUAUUCAUGACUUGUUUGAUGUCCACUCUACUGAAGAAGCUACUUAUAAGUUGAGUGUUGAAGUGCCUCGAGAUUCCAACUUAGUUGGUUUCCUUUUGUUCAUUGUUGUUUCUGAAGAACAAUGGAGUUGCAUAGAAGAACACACAUGGUACAAUGUACGUGACCUCCUAGACUUUGGGUGUGAAUGUUCCUUGGAAACAAGUUGGGGUGAAAAGGUUCAUACAGAAAGCUUCUCCUUGUUACAAUGGCACUGGGAUCAAUUCUACCAUCAUCUCAAUAUUACUUCAGAUCAUGCGUUUUUAUGGUAUGACGAGAAAUGUUGUAAGAAGAUAAUGGAGCCAAUUAGAGGGAGAAAAGGAAAAGACAUCAAUGAUGAGAAGGGAUCCACGUCCACUUGCAACAAUGCAAAUCUUACAGUUGAAUUCUUUGCUGGGGUGGUGAAUAAAUUGGAUGCAAUGAUACAAGAGUGUGGCAUUCGCUGGAUAUAUCAAAAUGUGGAGGAAGAAGAAGGACCAAGAGGGCGCAAAUCCAAGAGAAGCAGCGAAGAAUCUUAUGAGGAAGAAGGUUCUGAAUCUAAUGAUGAUGAGCAAGAAGAAUCAUCAAUUCCUCCAACAAAGAAGUUUAAGCAAAGUUUGCUAGAACCUUCCCUGAUACUUGAAGGAGAAGAAGUAGUAGAGGACUUGAGGGAAAAACUUGAAGAAAUCUUGCACAUUGGAUUUGAUAUAUGGAGAUUCAUGUGAUGAGGAAAAGGAACGAGAUGUAGCUCCUCCUACUGUUAUGUUAUUUCAGUUUCUUGUGAUUGAUAUGAAGGUUUAUGUGUAAGAAUUUGUCGAAUCUAUGAAUGUGAAUGAUUAUCACGUGCACAC